CCGCGAGAGCAGCCGCGCAGAGUGGAAUUCUGUAGAACCCGAGGAGUGAAGAAUAGAUUUGCACUGCAGUACCGCUUAUCGUUUUAAAAAAGCUGCUAUUUUUUUUUUAUUUUUCCGGCUGAGCCAGGGGACCUGUUUUUUUUUUUUCUGUAGCUCAAGAUGGCGCAGAGGAGUGGGCAGGAGGACCCGGAGCGGUACCUGUUUGUGGACCGGGCAGUGGUGUACAACCCGGCCACGCAGGCCGACUGGACCGCCAAGAAGCUGGUGUGGAUCCCGUCGGAGCGGCAUGGCUUCGAGGCGGCCAGCAUCCGUGAGGAGCGCGGGGACGAGGUGGUGGUGGAGCUGGCGGAGAACGGCAAGAAGGCCAUGGUUAACAAGGACGACAUCCAGAAGAUGAACCCACCCAAGUUCAGCAAGGUGGAGGACAUGGCUGAGCUCACCUGCCUGAACGAGGCCUCUGUGCUGCACAACCUGAAGGACCGAUACUACUCUGGGCUCAUAUACACUUACUCUGGACUUUUCUGUGUGGUGAUAAAUCCCUACAAGAAUCUCCCAAUUUACUCGGAGAACAUCAUUGAAAUGUACAGGGGGAAGAAGCGACACGAGAUGCCACCCCACAUCUACGCUAUCUCUGAAUCAGCCUACAGGUGCAUGCUUCAAGAUCGUGAGGACCAAUCAAUUCUUUGCACAGGGGAAUCUGGUGCCGGAAAGACAGAGAACACCAAAAAAGUCAUUCAGUACCUGGCUCACGUUGCCUCCUCCCACAAAGGAAGAAAAGACCACAACAUUCCUCUCGAAUCUCCUAAACCAGUGAAACUACAGAGUGGAUCCCUGUUGUAUGGCGAAUUAGAACGCCAGCUGCUGCAAGCCAACCCCAUUCUGGAGUCCUUUGGAAACGGCAAGACUGUAAAAAAUGACAACUCUUCACGUUUUGGCAAGUUCAUCAGAAUCAACUUUGACGUCACUGGUUACAUAGUAGGGGCCAACAUUGAGACCUACCUGCUGGAGAAGUCCCGCGCCAUUCGCCAGGCUAAAGAUGAGAGAACCUUCCACAUCUUCUACCAGCUUCUCGCUGGGGCCGGUGAACACCUGAAAUCUGACCUGCUGCUGGAAGGGUUUAACAAUUACCGCUUCCUGUCCAAUGGAAACAUCCCCAUCCCGGGACAGCAGGACAAAGACAACUUCCAGGAGACCAUGGAUGCCAUGAACAUCAUGAGCUUCAACCACGACGAGAUCCUGGCUAUGCUGAAGGUGGUGUCUUCUGUACUGCAGUUCGGUAACAUUGUCUUCAAGAAGGAAAGGAACACAGACCAGGCCUCCAUGCCUGAGAACACAGCUGCCCAGAAGCUGUGUCACCUGCUAGGACUGAAUGUCAUGGAGUUCACCCGCGCUAUUCUGUCCCCGCGUAUCAAGGUCGGACGAGACUACGUACAGAAAGCACAGACGAAAGAGCAGGCUGACUUCGCAGUGGAGGCUCUAGCGAAGGCCACCUAUGAGCGCCUGUUCCGCUGGCUGGUUCACCGCAUCAACAAAGCCCUGGACAGGACCAAGCGGCAGGGAGCCUCCUUCAUCGGCAUCCUGGAUAUCGCCGGCUUUGAGAUCUUCGAGCUCAACUCAUUCGAGCAGCUCUGCAUCAACUACACCAAUGAGAAGCUGCAGCAGCUCUUCAACCACACCAUGUUCAUCCUGGAGCAGGAGGAGUACCAGCGAGAGGGCAUCGAGUGGAACUUCAUCGACUUUGGGCUGGACCUGCAGCCCUGCAUCGACCUGAUUGAGAGACCGGCACACCCUCCUGGGGUGCUGGCACUGCUGGAUGAGGAGUGCUGGUUCCCCAAAGCCACCGAUAAAACCUUUGUAGAGAAGCUGGUCCAGGAGCAGGGCACUCACCCCAAAUUCCAGAAACCUAGACAGCUGAAAGACAAGGCGGACUUCUGCAUCAUGCACUACGCUGGCAGGGUGGAUUACAAAGCCGAUGAAUGGCUGUUGAAGAACAUGGAUCCCCUCAAUGACAAUGUAGCCACACUGCUGCACCAGUCCUCGGACAAGUUUGUUGCAGAACUGUGGAAGGAUGUGGACCGCAUUGUCGGUUUGGACCAGGUGGCGGGCAUGAACGAGACAGCUUUCGGCUCUUCCUACAAGACCAAGAAGGGGAUGUUCCGCACAGUGGGGCAGCUGUACAAGGAGUCUCUCACCAAGCUCAUGGCUACACUCCGCAACACCAACCCCAACUUCGUCAGGUGCAUCAUUCCUAACCACGAGAAGAGGGCUGGAAAGCUGGACCCUCACCUUGUACUCGACCAGCUGCGUUGUAACGGGGUGUUAGAAGGAAUCCGAAUCUGUCGCCAAGGAUUCCCCAACAGGAUUGUCUUUCAGGAGUUCAGGCAGAGAUAUGAGAUUCUCACUCCUAACGCCAUUCCUAAAGGUUUCAUGGAUGGCAAGCAGGCCUGUGAGCGAAUGAUCCGCGCCCUGGAGCUGGACCUGAACCUGUUCCGGAUCGGACAGAGUAAGAUCUUCUUCCGGGCCGGGGUCCUGGCCCACUUGGAGGAGGAGCGGGACCUCAAGAUCACUGACAUCAUCAUCUACUUCCAGGCAGUCUGCAGGGGAUACCUGGCCAGGAAGGCCUUCGCUAAGAAGCAGCAGCAGCUCAGCGCUCUGAAAGUACUGCAGAGGAACUGUGCUGCUUACCUCAAACUGCGCCACUGGCAGUGGUGGAGACUGUUCACCAAGGUGAAGCCGCUGCUCCAGGUGACCCGCCAGGAAGAGGAGAUGCUGGCCAAGGAUGAGGAGCUGGUCAAGGUGAAGGAGAAGCAAAGCAAAGUAGAGGGCGAGAUGGUGGAGAUGGAGAGGAAACACCAACAGCUGCUGGAGGAGAAGAACAUCCUGGCGGAGCAGCUGCAGGCAGAGACGGAGCUGUUCGCAGAGGCAGAGGAGAUGCGGGCGCGCCUGGCAGCCAAGAAGCAAGAGCUGGAGGAGAUCCUGCAUGACCUGGAGUCCCGGGUGGAGGAGGAGGAGGAGCGCAACCAGGGUCUGCAGAACGAGAAGAAGAAGAUGCAGACUCACAUCCAAGACCUGGAGGAGCAGCUUGACGAGGAGGAAGCAGCCAGGCAGAAGCUGCAGCUGGAGAAAGUGACGGCCGAGGCCAAAAUCAAGAAGAUGGAGGAGGACGUUCUCCUGCUGGAGGACCAAAAUUCCAAGUUCAUAAAGGAGAAGAAGCUGCAGGAGGACCGCGUGGCUGAGAUUACCUCUCAUCUGGCAGAGGAGGAGGAGAAAGCCAAGAACCUGACCAAGCUGAAGAAUAAACAGGAGAUGAUGAUAAUAGAUUUGGAAGAGCGGCUGAAGAAGGAGGAGAAGACCAGGCAGGAGCUGGACAAGGCCAAGCGCAAGCUGGACGGGGAGACGACGGAUCUGCAGGACCAGAUCGCAGAGCUGCAGGCGCAGAUAGAGGAGCUGAAGCUGCAGCUGGCCAAGAAAGAAGAGGAGCUGCAGGCUGCCCUGGCCAGGGGCGAUGAGGAGGUGGCUUAUAAGAACAACACCCUGAAGCAGGUGCGGGAGCUGCAGGCCCAGAUUGCUGAGUUGCAGGAGGAUCUGGAGUCAGAGAAAGCCUCCCGCAACAAGGCAGAGAAGCUCAAGAGAGACCUGAGCGAGGAGCUGGAGGCACUCAAGACUGAGCUGGAGGACACCCUAGACACCACCGCAGCCCAGCAGGAGCUCAGAACCAAGCGAGAGCAGGAGGUGACCGAGCUGAAGAAGGCCAUUGAGGAAGAGACCAGGAACCACGAAUCUCAGAUUCAGGAGAUGAGGCAGAGACACGCCGCGGCCCUGGAGGAUGUCUCUGAGCAGCUGGAGCAGGCUAAGAGGUUCAAGGCGAACCUGGAGAAGAUCAAGCAGAGCCUGGAGAGCGAUAACAAGGAGAUGUCGGUGGAGGUGAAGGGGCUGCAGCAGGCCAAGGCAGAGUCUGAGCACAAGAGGAAGAAGCUGGAGGGGCAGGUGCAGGAGUUCACAGCCAGGAUCACCGAGGGGGAGAGAGCCAGGAACGAGCUGGCUGAGAAGACUCACAAGCUGCAGAGUGAGCUGGACAACGUCUCCGCCUUACUGGAGGAGGCAGAGAGGAAGGGCAUUAAAUUGGCAAAGGACUCUGCCAGUAUGGAGUCCCAGCUCCAGGAUACACAGGAGCUGCUGCAGGAGGAGACCCGUCAGAAACUGAACCUGAGCAGCCGCGUCCGUCAGCUGGAGGAGGAGAAGAACAGCCUGCAGGAGCAGCAGGAAGAGGAGGAGGAGGCACGCAGGAACCUGGAGAAGCAGCUUGCAUGCCUGCAGGCUCAGCUGACAGAGACCAAGAAGAAAUUGGAGGAGGACGGGGGUGCCAUGGAGGGUCUGGAGGAGGUGAAGAAGAAGCUGCAGAAGGACAUGGAGAGCGUCAACCAGAGGCUGGAGGAGAAGAGCAUGGCCUUCGACAAGAUGGAGAAGACCAAGAACCGGCUGCAGCAGGAGCUGGAAGACCUCAUGGUGGACCUGGACCACCAGCGCCAGAUCGUCUCCAACCUGGAGAAGAAGCAAAAGAAGUUCGACCAGAUGCUGGCGGAGGAGAAGAACAUCUCUGCUCGCUACGCUGAUGAGCGGGACCGUGCAGAGGCCGAGGCCAGGGAGAAGGAGACCAAGGCUCUGGCUCUGACCCGCGCCCUGGACGAGGCUCUGGAGGCCAAGGAGGAGUUCGAGAGGCUCAACAAGCAGCUCCGCACGGAGAUGGAGGACCUCAUGAGCUCCAAGGAUGAUGUUGGGAAGAGCGUCCACGAGCUGGAGAAGUCCAAGCGCACUUUGGACCAGCAGGUGGAGGAGAUGCGCACACAGCUGGAGGAGUUGGAGGAUGAGCUUCAGGCCACGGAGGACGCCAAGCUGAGACUGGAGGUCAACAUGCAGGCCAUGAAGGCUCAGUUCGAGAGGGACCUGCAGGCACGCGAUGAGCAGAACGAGGAAAAGAGGAGGAUGCUGGUCAAGCAGGUGCGAGAGAUGGAGGUUGAGCUGGAGGACGAGCGCAAGCAGAGAGCCCUGGCCGUGGCAGCCAAGAAGAAGCUGGAGAUGGACCUGAAGGACCUGGAGGCUCAGAUCGAGGCGUCCAACAAGGCUCGCGACGAAGCCAUCAAGCAGCUGCGCAAACUGCAGGCACAGAUGAAGGAUUAUCAGCGAGAGCUGGAGGAGGCACGUUCAUCGAGAGACGAGAUCUUCGCUCAGUCCAAGGAGAACGAGAAGAAACUGAAGAGCUUGGAGGCGGAAAUCCUCCAACUGCAAGAGGACCUGGCUGCCUCCGAGAGAGGGCGGCGUCAUGCUGAGCAGGAGAGAGACGAGCUGGCUGACGAGAUCUCCAACAGCGCCUCUGGAAAGUCAGCUCUGUUGGAUGAGAAGAGGAGGCUAGAGGCUCGCAUUGCCCAGCUUGAGGAGGAGCUGGAAGAGGAGCAGAGCAACAUGGAGCUGCUCAACGACCGCUUCCGCAAGACCACCAUACAGUUGGACUCCCUGAACACAGAGCUGGCAGGCGAGCGCAGCGCUGCUCAGAAGAGUGAAAACGCGCGACAGCAGCUGGAGCGGCAGAACAAGGAGCUGAAGGCCAAGCUGCAGGAGCUGGAGGGCUCGGUCAAGUCCAAGUUCAAGGCCACCAUCGCUGCCCUGGAGACCAAGAUCGCACAGCUGGAGGAGCAGCUAGAGCAGGAGGCCAAGGAGAGAGCUGCAGCCAACAAGCUGGUGCGUCGCACAGAGAAGAAACUGAAGGAGGUGUUCAUGCAGGUGGAGGAUGAGCGUCGACACGCUGACCAGUACAAGGAACAGAUGGAGAAGGCGAACUCGCGAAUGAAACAGCUGAAGAGGCAGCUGGAGGAGGCAGAGGAGGAGGCGACGAGGGCCAACGCCUCCCGACGCAAACUGCAGCGUGAGCUGGACGACGCGACCGAGGCGAGCGAGGGGCUGAGCCGCGAGGUCAACACUCUCAAGAACCGCCUCAGGCGGGGCGGACCCAUCACCUUCUCCACCAGCCGCUCCGGCCGGCGGCAGCUCCAGAUCGAGGGCACCUCCCUGGAUCUCUCAGACGACGACGCAGACAGCAAAGCCAGCGAGCUGAACGAGAUACAGGCCGCCCAGGCAGAAUAGAGCCCGAACCCCAAGCCAGUCUGCAUGCAAGCACCCUGCAGUCCUCCCUUGACUCCACAUGAGGGACAUUCAACAGAUACAGCCUGUCCACCAAACUGCCUUGCGCUCAAUGAGUCUGCCUUAUUAUAUACUGGCAAACUGCAAGGCUACUGAAAUCAGUGACCUGUUGCGUCUUAACUUUCUGUAGCCUUGGCGUACUGUACUCUUGCUUAAAAAUAUAGGUACAAGAAAGUGCAUAUAUAUAUAUAUAUAUAUAUAUAUAUAUAUAUAUAUAUAUAUAUAUAUACACACACACAUACAUACAUACAUACAUACAUACAUACAUACAUGACAGAUACACACACAAAAGGGUUACGUAGAGUACAUGUAGGGGGGGAAUCCAGUGCAAGGCCAUUUUCUAUUGCAUUAACACUAAAGAAAUAUGCACUCUUGUUAGAAGUUAUUCCAGUGAAUUCUUAGUAAAGGCUGGAUCCCUGUCCAUUGUUAUGCAUGCCACUUUUUUUUUUUUUUUUUAUUAGUUUGCUUCUUUUCAAAAAUAAAAUGGAAAAGAUGAUGAUUUUGUAGUCAUUGGCACUUGGACCUGUACUGAGUCUGAAACCAUUUCUUAAUUCUGUAAGAAAAUGUAACGGCAUAAACUAGAGGCACAGUAUGCAUUCUUGCUGACUUGUGGAUUGACUCAUGAAGCAGCAACAGCAUUUGUAAGUUACUCAGUUUCUAAUAGAGAAAAAUUGGUGCGUUUUUAAGGUAGCAGUGUUUCUCUAGCAUUUAUCUGGCAGACAGUAAUUUAAGCUGUAACAAUAGCAGUGUUUAAGUGAUAAUGAAAACCGGUGAUAUAUGGAAGCAGCUUUUUACCACUGGUUACAUGCUGCUGUCUAUAUUUAAAGAGAACCUGCACACAGCUCUAGUACUGUCUGUAUGCAAGCUGCUUGCUGUGGCGUUCUAAUGCAUUUCAGACCGGUCUGCUCUUGUAGAAACAAUGUCAGUCCAGCACAAAGUAACUCUGUUUCACUAAGUUUUUAUGGCACACAGUACACAAAUGAAUUAAGCACUUCUUAGUUUCUCCUUACCUUAACUGAAGUUUGAAUGCCUCUCACCCUCCCAUUUUUUAUUUUUUUUUUUAAACAUUUGUUCAUUCCUUGAUGUACUACUCUUAAGACUACAGCGCUACAUCAUCUCCACAAAUUAAGAUGCUUAUACUUUUGUAAUUCAAAAGUUCCCUUCCAUAAUUCCAGUUCUAUGGUAUGUCUUUUCACUACAGUGAAGGAAAUGCACUAGUGUUACAUUGCAAGUACCUUUGAAUGCCAAGUUUUGAACACCUAGGGAGAAGGUUGUUUUAAAGUUAAAUAUGGAUCCAUGACAAGCCCAACAGUGUGAGUACUGCAUAUCUACAGUGUUAACGAGCCAGCACCUGCAUAUCUAUCCACUUUUUAAAAUAAAAGCAAGGUUUCAAGCACUAUUCUAAUGUUAGCAUAUAAUUAAGCCAAUGUUUCUUUAAGAAGUGCCUGAGACACUACUAAGAAAGCAUUACUAGUGAGAAUCUUUAUAUACAAGUAUACAUAUAUAUAUCUAACAUUGCGACAAAUAAAAAUGUAACAAGUUUAAACCUGUUUUAAUUGUAUUACUUUUAGCUGUGCUUCAUAUCAUAUACAGUAUGUACCUCUCCAGUUCAAGCAGUAUUAUAGGUAUUAAGUGAAUAUGAAUCGGUGUUAACAAUGAAAAGUUGAGCCUUCUGCCACAUGCAGGAAGUGUUGUGAUUUCAUUUCUUUAAAAGCAUUAACAUCUAUGACGUACAGUUGUUAAAUUGUUGAACUGGCUGUUGACAACCAGGCAUUCGGCUGCAGAUAUCUCCUUUUAUUACUUGUAUACCUGCAUUUCUAGACGACAAUGAUUUUUUUUUUUGUAAAAGACAAUAAACAUUCAUUAUAAAAAAAAAAAAA